GUUGUAGCUUCCUAAUAGUAGCUGCAGCCAGUUAACAAGAACUACAGUCGAGGGUGUAGUUGUAGUUGUUUAGGGGAGGAGCAGAAAUCAAUCAAUCGCUUUCCAAGAAAAAAAUUGAAAAAUUUCAACUUUUCUUCGAGCACGCACUACAAGAUCCGAGACCGUGGUCCUGCACACUUCUUCUACUCGACGAGUCGGGAACUACAUCUACUUGACGUGCCCGUUGGUGUCGAGGAGUCGGGCAGUAGAGAACUACCAGCACGACCAAGCACGCCGAAGAUGUCAACUCCAACAGGAGCAGCGAGAGGUGCAGCUGUCGUACACAACAACAUCAGUAGCUCCGCUUCCAGCACCAGGAUCAAUAUGUCCUCCGGGUUUUUUCUGGCGAAGAAGUUCCUGAGGCCCUUGUCCCUCUCCCUGGCCGCCACAUCGUGGACCACCCUGUCGUACGGAAUCGACACCCAGCACCAGGCGCACCACGAGGCCCAUGACCACGCGAACAAGCACCAGGCCAGCCGGCGGUUGCGGCACCAGGGCCACGAUGAUGGCGAUGACGCACCAGUUAUCCUGAGCAAAAUUACUGCGAAGAACUCGAGAAGGCACCCCAAUCCUCCGCUUCCGACGUGGAGGGAAAACAAUAAAUCUCGCACGACGAGAGUAGAUGUACUGCUACUGCUACUGGUCAUGCAUAGAUGCAUGAGAAACAGAAAGACAAACGCAAAGAAAUGUCUACCGGGGUAAUAGUUGUGUGUACGUAGUUUUUGCACAGGAUUACAUAGCCAGAAGAGACGCCGGAGCCCCCAGCUAACGCGACCUCGCUGAUGGGACGGCGCGCUGAUCCGCCCACGACGAGCACCAGCACAACGACCACCACUUAUCAACCGCAAAUAUUUGAUGUCUCGGGCUGGGUCACCUCACCCAGGGUGAAAAGUGCGGCUUGUAUAUGCUUUUCAUGCUCGGCUGUACGUGCUAGAAGUAGAGCAGAACUGUCGUGUAUAAAUCAAGAAAUCCAGCAUCUUCACAAGUACUUAAGUUGUUUCCCGACCCAGGCAGAUUUUUUACAGUUGAUACGCAUACGACUAGUACCACCACGACAACGACGACUACUACCACUGAAGAGGAAACGAUGGCCCCGGAGGAAAUGAUGCCCAGCACCGAGGCGCCGCCCACGGCGAUGGUACUAUAAGUAUGACGAAUUCAACUUUUUUUUACACUAUACAGACAAAUACAAAUAUAUAAUUGUUGCACAAACGAAACACCUCCUCGUCUAGAAGAACGUAAGAUAGCCACAUGAAAAAGAAAACUCUUGCAGUAAGACAACCGCCUUGCAAGUUGGUCCUCGAUAGGAUGAUCUGAUUGAUGAGAAUCAAUUGAUAUCUUCAUUCUCGUUCACACAAAUACGACAACGACCUCCAGGUGCAAAAAACCGGUCGAAGGAUGAGGGCAGAUAGUACGCUGGCAAACGAAUGUAUUUCGAGUCAAUAAACGAAAUAAUGUGUCUUCUUGAUUGCAAUCUGUGUGUCAUGUUAUUGAAUCAAAAUCAUGCAAAAGCAAAACGAAAACCAUAAAUGCAAAUGCAAAUCGGAGAUUCACUUUCACAUGCAUUGCACCUGGUGCAUGCUAAACGACGCGUCAGACACAGAUUAUUCGUUGCGUUGACCUGAGAUUUUCCUUGCAUAACCUCGACAACCAUGGAGCCCGAGCCGAGCACUAUGGAUCCAACCACCACGGAGGAAACGAGCACGGAAGGGUAUGGCCUGCUCAGCUUGGAACAAUGAUCCCGACUGGAACAAGAAUUUGUGAUGCGAAAUGCGGACGAUCAGGAUGAUGGAGUAGAGCGCGACAAAAAUGAACAUCUGAUCUAACUCCAAACAGCAUUUGCAUUCUUGGAACUUACAUCAAAGAAUCUGUCAUGCGAAGCUGCAGCACAUAGAUUGGAUUCUGCUUUUGCCGAUGCCGUGUACUACAUUCUUCUAGUCCAGAUCAUUGUAGUUCCAACUGAGCAGGUCAUAAAGGGCCCAUGAGCAUGACGUCCAACAUCGGCCCAGGUUUGUUGUUUGUUCCCUGAUUUGGUAAUAUGCAAUUUGUGAUGCAGGCUGAGGCUUUGAACUACAUUGUUAUUGUUUGUGAUGCAGGCUUGGGAUGAUGAAAUUGGACUAAAUACUUACAGAAGUAAUACUUCGAGCAAAAAAAGAAAAAUAAUCCAGAUGGCAGUCCGAGCGUGGAUGCGGGUGUGGAUGGAUCCAAGCCGCCGUUAAGGGGUGAAAAAAAACAGCUCCGUGGAAACUUUGAGUCCUCUCUGGGGGAAUGGAUGUGCAUCGAGGUCCUCUCUAUGUUGUAUUUUUAAGGAAUUUGUCAAAUUGAAAUUGCACUAGAAGUAGAUGGAGAAAUAGUUCCUACAACGUCUUUGAGUGCGUAAAUUGACGGAUUAAAUUUAUGAGCCGGUGAGGACGUCGCAGGAAGCAUUUUUCUACUGUUCGCAGGAGAAAUAACAAGUAGAGCUGCAUCCUGUACAAGUUUUUGGGGACUCAAAGUCAAAAGGAGAAUGUUUUUUCAUCUUGAUAGGACAGCAGCAUGAUGCGUUCGGAGCAGAAAAAAUUAUCCUCGGUAAAAACGUACGUGCCUCCCAUUUGUGGUCAUGGGAAUCUGCAGACUCACAGUGUUAAUGUGUUUCGUACACAACCCAUAAUAGGCAGUCUCUAGAGGUGUUUGAUAGGAAUUGGUCGUGCUCAAAUCAGGAUUGAUUUCUGGAUGAUUAGGCACGAUCACGACCUCAUCUACGCCGCAUAAGUAAGUACCCAAACUUGUCAUGCGCGAGUCUCCAAGCUUCUAGAUCUGGGUUUGUCUUUGUCGUGCAUGAUUCGAAAGAAUACCUGAAUGACUAGUAUUGGGUGGGUAUCUUUUUACUCAUGAUAGAAACUCGGAAAGAACUCGACAGCGUUGCUUCUGCAGACGGACUAUCAACAGCAAAUAUGUGUCUGGGUCUGGAAUGAUGCUGCUGAUUUGUGAUAUUAGCGCAGGAUGACGUGAAAUAAAAGCUGUCAUGUAUGAGGAAAAGCUAGCUUUUUUUAGUCAUGCGAAGAGGGGAUUUCUCAUGCAGGAUGGACAUUUGGAUUUGGAAGGUAUCAAUUAGUAUUACAAAUUCUGCCAUGUUGCCAGGGCGUGCAUGGUCAUGCGAAAGCUGCGUAACAAACGCCUUUCUUUUUCCAGGCCCAGAAACAUUUGCACUUGAUACGGACGAUCGCCACACGUUUUUGGCCGGUAUAGUCUUAGUCCUAGUGUUGAGGUCAAAUUGAAUAUCACAGUAGGUGUAGGAUAAAUUUGUGCAUUUACUAGUAUGUUCGCUCCUGUAAGAAAUGGUGAUUGUAACUGUCGAUUUACCUUACUCUUUUCUGGGGAAGCAGAUUAAGAUUUUUCAUGCAUGCAUGAAAAUUAUGAGUAUGAUUGACGCAUAUUAUUUGCAAAAGGGCUACUGUUUGCAAUUUUCUACGAAGUGUUUUGGUCGUGUUUUUGUGGUUCGUUGUCCAUGGUUUUGGAUCUUUAAUCUGCAUGGCGCAGAAGAAACACAGCAUCUCCCCAACCGUCACAGGCUCUGCACCGGCCACGUUGGAAGAGGCAGCUAACGGGAACGACGUGGCCAAGGCCAUCUUUAACUCGAUCGCUAGUCCCGUUGUCGUAUGGAUUGCAAAAGUAUCGUACUAGUAGCAAUUGCAUUGCAAGAGUCCGCUGCAGCAUGAGACAUGCAAUUUGUAAUGCAGGAGAUGUACCAGGUAAGUAGAUCUAUCUUUAAUAAGAAAAUGAAAAAGAUUGGUAAUGCAUGACGUCAAUUACUACGAGGGCGAUGGUUUUGCACAGGAUAUGUAGAGGACGAUGUGAAAACCGCCACGGACACGGCCCUGGCCACCCUCGUCGGGCAGACUUUCGAUGGCGUCGAAAUCACCGCAGAAAUGGUCGCUGCUGCCACGCCUGAUGUCGUUGCCGCAGCGAUCGCAGACGCUGCAACCCAAGACACCAUCAAAGAUGCAAUCGUAACCGCUAUGACAGAAGCGAUGAAGCCAAGUACUUUUUUUGUUCUGACUUCAGGUAGGUGGUGAACCAAUAUCUGUAAAAAAAUGCUGAACGACGUUAUUUCUUUGAGAGGCAUCAUGUUGAUGAAGAAUGGAGCAACCAGAUCGAAAAUUAGCGCCAAAGAGAUCCAUUGCGAUUGCAACAAUCCAACAACAAAAAAACCAGCGACGGCGGCGCCUUCCAACUCAAGCAAGAACAGUCUAUCCGGAGAAAAAAUCUUUUCUUCAAAUUCUCUUUCUCGUCUCACUUUCAAGAUUAAGAUUCGCAAAUAAUGGUAGUGCUCACGUAGCUACUUCCUUUUCAUUUGGGCAAAGCAGGUAGCAUCACUAGAGUAAGCAUCCCGAGGUAGUUGUCAUCCACUCUGCAACAUAUAUACAGCCAUAACGCAGGAACAUGAGCUGUGCGGUAACUAGUUUUUGUAGGUGUACUGAUAUCUUAAUCUUUGUCUUCCUCUGUGAUGUAUUGUGAGCUCGCCGCCCGCCGGAGCACCGCCAAUAAUUACAAAGCACCUUCUUGUUGACGAAGUGGAUAUGGACCCUGCCCGAGGUUAUGAUGUUUUUGUAAAAACCGUCUGACAACAAGUCAGCUGCUAGUGUUUCGAGAAGACGAGAGAUUAAAAUUUUCAGAAUCAUACCACACCGAAAAUGACACCGCGGCAACAACGGCAGCUCCAGCGGCCGCGGAAGAAUCAAGUAGUGCACUUUUUGGAAUGACAGAUGUGGUUCGUUCCUUUAUAGAUAGAGAUACUGCUUCAAAAAUUGAAUUUCUGAGAAAAUUCUUGAUUUUAAGAGUAAUUAGGUACAUUAUUUUUAUUGCCAGUGCGAGUGCGGCAGAAGUCCUAAUUUUCUUUGUAGUGUUGCGAUGUUAUUCAUACCAAUAA